AGCUUCUUCGUCACACGCUGCCUAAACCCCUAAUUGGUGGGUUCCAUCUGUGCGCAGAGCAAAACCAAAAACAUGGCGUGGCGCUGCGGAUCUCUCUCUCGGUCGGUGCUCUCGGCCGCGAGAACCAUUCCAACUCGUUCCUCCAUUUCUCCACUCUCGCCUUCCCUUCGCUCUCAUCUUCUCCACUCUCGCCGCCCCCUCAAUACACUCCCUAGGACUGUGGGAAUUCUCGUGUGCACGCAUUCGCUGAUGCCUCUGCACAGCGCUGACGCCUCCGCUCGUCUCACUUCUCACAUUUCCGUCGAAUCGCGCGCUUGCUGCGAAUUGUCUCAGGCAGGUACUUGAAUAGACUUUACAAUCAGCAUCAGUUGUGAUUACGUUUGGCAUGAUGUGAAAAUGGUGGCUAAUGCUUUGUAGCAGGAGGCUUGUGGAGGUUUGGUAGUGCAUUUGAGAAAGAUAAAUAUUAUAAGCAGUUGUGAUUAUAAGUGUUUUUAUCUUUUUUAUAAAAGAUAAACAAGUAUAUCUAUUCUUCUUCUGUUAGAAUCUUUUCAGGCUAAUUGAACGUCAUCAACAUUGUUUUUCUUUGUAUCAGAUAAUAAUAGCAGUGUUCAAGACUUAAAGUUAUGUUGAAAUUAAGUGUUGUAUAGGUGUUAGCUGGUAGCAUGGAUGCUCUUUUGUUCAAGUAGUUUAAUUGCACUGGUUUUGUUUUGUUCUUGCAUAAAAUUAGACUGUUUUAUAA